AUGAUUCUGCUAGAGCCUCACAACGUUAUCAUCGAAACCACACUGAACGAUAAACUCGCGAAACCCGCUUCACUAGAUGUGCUUUUCGUCGACUACGACGGCGUGCGGUUCCACAUGACGACGCCCGAGAAAAAGACGGUUAUCCUGUUGUCGAUGCAGAUUCGGUGCUGGAACGAGCUGGAGCAGUAUGGCGCAUCGGAUAUCUUGAAGCGGGAAUAUGGCCCGCUGCUGCUUGAUCAACCGGAGUCAGAGUAUAACGCGAGCUUGCAGAUCGACUUGGAGCAGGUUCCUGCUGAUGGAGAUUCUCGGAAAGCAUUCAUCUCUUCGGUCGCUCACUUCAAACGAAAUGCUCUCGCUGCACCUUUUGAGAGAGCGUUCCAGACACAGAAACAGCUCGAAGCAUCUGGCUCGGGCCAGGGCGAUCUCAUGGAGAUUCAUUAUCGCGAUGAGGAAGCCAUCUACGUGCAAGCUGCCCAAGACCGCGUCACGGUCAUAUUCUCAACCGUCUUCCGGGAGGAGACAGAUAGGAUCUUUGGGAAGGUCUUUCUACAGGAAUUCGUGGACGCUCGCCGACUACCCACAAUCCAAAACGCCCCUCAGGUCUUAUACUCGCCAAAAUACCCACCUUUGGAAAUCAGGCAUCUAGCAGAUCUGCGGACGUCAGAAGACAUCGGAUAUGUUACCUUCGUCCUAUUCCCCCGCCACUUCAAAUCACCAGACAUCGCCGCCGGAACGAUCUCCCACAUCCAGCUGUUCAGAGAUUACUUGCAUUACCACAUCAAGUGCAGUAAGGCCUACAUGCAUUCUCGAAUGAGGUUCAGGGUGGCGGAGUUCCAGAAAGUGUUGAACAGGGCGAAGACGGAAACGGUUACGGCAGAGAGGAAGACAGUCAGUGGGCGUACGUUGAUGUCGCGAUGA